AGCUGCCCAGGGCAGGGGUGGAGUCCCCAUCCCUGAGGGGGUUUUACAGCCCUGUGCAUGUGGCACUUGGGGACGUAGGUCAGUGCUGCCUUUGGUUUCGGGGGGAAUGGUUGGAUUCUGUCUCAGAGGACUUUACCAGCCUCAACAAUUCCAUGUGGGGGCCAUGGCCAGCCCUGCCCCAGCCCUGGGGAUGCUCAGCUCUGCUCCCGGUGCCUUUGGGGCUCCCGCACUCGGGGUGGGACCCUGUCCCUGGGGCAGAGACCCUGCGGGACCCCCCUGCAGCAGCUCCAGUGUCCGGCACCGCUCUGCACCUUCUGUCCCCGCUGCUGCGUCCCUCCAGUGCCACCAGUGCCAGCCCCCCCAUCCCUCCCCUUGUCCCCGCGGGCCCGGGGGGCGGGCAGGGGCCGAUUUUGGGGACAGAGCUGAGGGUUCCCCUCCUUCCUGCACGCCGGGGGUGUCAGGGUGUGCCCAGGCUGGCACAGGGGCCGUCCCCGUGUCCCGCUGUGGCCAUGGCGGGGCCGUGCGGGCUGUGCCCGCCCCACGCUGCGUGACCCGCCCCGCACACGCGGGGACCGCCCCGGGGGUGGCGCUGGGGACGCGCCGGGGUCCCGCAGCCUCCCGGGGCCAUGAAGGUGAAGGUGAUCUCCGUGCUGGAGGACAACUACAUGUACCUGGUGAUCGAGGAGAGCACCCGGCACGCCCUGGCCGUGGACGCCGCGGUCCCCAAGCGGCUGCUGGAGAUCAUCAGGAAGGAGGACGUGGUGCUCAGGGCCAUCCUCACCACCCACCACCACUGUUUGGGACCAUCAGGGUGAGGUGUCUCUUCACGCCGUGCCACACCUCGGGCCACAUGUGCUACUUCAUGUGGGAGGACGAUUCCCCGGAUGCUCCCGCUCUGUUCUCAGCCCUGGGGCCCCUCGGUGCCCACCCCUGUCCCACAGGUGACACCCUGUUCGUGGGGGGCUGCGGGCAGUUCUUCGAGGGCACAGCGGAGCAGAUGCACACCAACCUCACCCAGAUCCUGGGCACCCUGCCCAAGGACACGAAAAUUUUCUGUGGCCACGAAUGCACCGUCAGAAACCUCAAAUUCGCCUUGAAGGUGGAGCCAGAGAAUGAAGUGGUGAAGGAGAAGCUGGCGUGGGCCAAACAGAGGGAUGAUGAGGACCUGCCCACGGUGCCCUCCACGCUGCAGGAGGAGUUCCUGUACAACCCCUUCCUGCGGGUCACGGAGGAGGCCGUGCAGAGGUUCACGGGCAGGACAGACCCCGUGGAGGUGCUGAGGGCUCUGCGCUCCCACAGGGACAACUUCAAGAAGCCCAAGGAGAGGCCCAACCCCCAGGCCAUGCUGGCCUUUCACUGGGGGCUCUUUGGGCCCUUCCUGGAGAAGAAGUGACAGCCCCGAGGUGCCAGGGCUCCCUCCUGGCUGGGCCCAGCUCAGCUUGGCUCCCAGCUGGAUUUUGGGGCUGGAUUUUCUCUUUCAUCUGCUUGUGUGAGGCUGCUCUGCUCUGCUCUGCUCCCCCCUGGCUCCUGGGGUUCCUGUGCAGCUCCUGGAUCCCUUUGGGGGGAUCCCAGGCUGUGGGACCCCCCCUUGGGGCUGGGGUGCUGGCAGAGGGUCAGGCUUGGAGCAGGGGGCAGUGCCAGUUUUGGGGAGCUGCCAUGGAAGGAGCCAGGGCUGCUCAGGACUGUGGUGCUGUGCCCAUGGAGCCCCUGCCUGCCCUGCAUCCCCAUCCAGGGCUGCUGUGAUGUGGCUUUGGGACUCCUGGGAGCCCUCCUGGCCCUGCCUGUCCUGCUCCAGCCCCUCUGGCCUCGUGUCCUGCCUGAUGGACACUGGGAUGUCACUGGUGUCACCAGAACCCACCCAGCUCCAGCCCUGUGCUGACAAAUCCCCCAUCACAGCAGUUUGGGUGGGUUUUCCCUCUCUUUUUUCCCUGUUUUCCAGUAGGUCCCACAGGGAUUUGUGGCCCAGUGGCUGCCCUGGGGAGCCCUUGGGGUGUCCAGGUGGAGCAGGGUCAGACCCAGCAGGGAUUUCCCAAGGGGGGGCAGAGUUCAGGCAGCCAAGACCAAAGUGCUGCCAGGCAUCCCUUUCUGCUUUUUGCUUUUUCCAAGACAAAAACUGGGAAACACUCGGUGCCAACUCCAUGGACUUUGCCUUGUCAAGAGCCAGGGAGCAGCUGGGGCUCCACAGCCUCCACUUUGUGCAAAAUCAGGGCUGUGUUUUAUUUAUUUUUCUCUGAGAAAGGAGCAGAGUUUUAUUUGCAGCUGUGGGGAAGCACUUCACACCACUGAAGUCAUUCCAUUUUUUUUUUUUUUUUUGUGAAGAAAAUGAGUGUUUGAUGGCAGCUCCCAGCACUGGGACAGAGCUGAUUUCAGGGAUUUUCAUGUGUGGACUGUGACUUUCUUUGUUGCCACUGGAGUCUGGUUUGGGGCUUUUUCCUGUGCUACAAACCAAGUUGUAUUUUGGUUGGUUUUUUUUUUUUUUUUCCUUUUAUUAAGUUAUAGUUUGUAUUGACUUUGCAUGGAAGGGGAAGGAUUUAUCCAGCUGCAAAAGCUCCCUUGGUACCAGGGCCUGCAUUCCCCAGUUCCCAUGAAAUGCUGGAUUGUGGAUGUCCCCUUUGGGAUUCUGUUUCUCCUGGGAGCAGGGAUGCCCCUGUGGGUGUGAACCAAAGCUGGGACAGAUCCCAGCUCCUCUGGUGCCAGCCAGGGAGCCCAGGGUGCCCCUCUGGGUGUGUUGGUGACCUGGGAACUGGGCAAGUGACCCCAAGGGCAGAUCCCUGGGCAUUUCAUUCCUCAGCUCAUUCAGCCUCACUGCAUUUUGUGCAUUUCUGGGCUGGAUGUGCUGAGUCCAGCCUGGAGCCCCUCCCUGGCCAUUCCCUGCUUCAGCCAAACCCCUGCAUGGCACAGGGAAUUCUCUGGAAGCACCACUUUGCUCCUCAGGAAGGAAGGGAGGGGGCAGCAGGGGGACAUUGAUGCCUUAGAACACUGUGAGGUCAUGAAUGAUCAGCAACAGCUGAAAAAUGGAAAGCUUUUAAUUAAAAACAUGAAAAUUCA